AAAAGUAUUAUCCGUAUAUCUCUUUCAUUUACGAUUCCAUCACUGAGACAAAUUUAAAGAGUAAAAUCAUUGAAUAUCUAGAUAUCUACAAGAGGCACUCUGAUGUUCUGGGUUUUGAUGUGAUAAGAGACUUUGUUUUUACACAUUUCAGUAUCUCAAACUUUGUUAAACAAAAUGUAUUUUUAUGCGUAUUAUUGGCUCUUGCGAUAAAAGAGAAAUUAUCUAAAUCUAGAAUGCCGCUUGAAUCUAGGCUUCCUGAAAAUUUCCCUUCUUUUGAGAUGUUACAAACAUUUAAGGAUGUUAAUGUAGAUGAUUUACCCCGUGGUGUUCUUAAAGUUCUGCCACGACUUUUCUGUGCCGUUGUACAACAUAUCUCCGUUAAUUCUACUAAAUUUGAAUGGAUGAAAGCUUUUGAAGUAGCUCCAAUUAUAGAUCCAAGAUAUACUUUUCUCGACCAUUUCAAGGUUCAUGUUUAUUCAACGGAUUUGAAGGGACAUGAGUCAAAUUUCCUAGAGUCACUUAAAAAUUUCGCAAAACCGUGCAUGGAUAAAAUUGAAAAUGAUGAAAUUUAUGUCAAAGUCUGCAAGGGUUUACUUUCCUUAUGUCAAAGUAUUGGUGCGGUUAUAUUUUUAUGGCAAAAUAUUUUUCAUCCUGACUCAAAUAUAUACGAAGAUCUUUGUGCAUAUUCGCUCGAUAAUCUACAUCACUUUAUAUUAAACGAUAAUGCAGUUGGUUUAGAGAAGCAUCUUAAAGAAGUACCUAAUGAUUUUAACUUAGAUUAUGCUCUCUUGUUUCGUGAGAGAGUCCUUAAAUUGUUAAACAGCUUUAAGAUGAAUUGGAAUAAGGAUAACAUCGAAUCUAUACUCAGAUUACUUAAUAAUACCAGAUUGGACUGGCAAGAAGAUUCUGCAUUACAAGCAUUAAAUGUUAUUUCUGUUUCAAGUCAAAUGGAAUUAUUACAAAUUUUUCCGAAUCAAUUAGUAAACUUUCUCGAAGAAGACUUAAAAGAUAUCGAUUCGAAUGAUAGAAUACUCAGUAAAGUUUGUACUCAAUGGUUAGAAACUACACUAGAACAUAUUAAGGAUGCGCAAAAUAAAUCCAAGCAUACCGAAAAUUUUGCAUGUACAAUAUUUCAUUACCUUUCAAUUAUGUAUACUAUUAUGAAAAAAUAUAAUAUUACAUGCCUUCAACUUUUUAAUGCUGCUGAAGAAGCUACUGAAAAUCUUAAAGAUGAUGUGAUUUUCGAGGCUGCUGUUGAUAUUGGUGAUUUGAAACAAAAAGAACUUGUAAUGAUAUUUAGUCGUGUUUUACAUGAAAGACUUGGUCCAAAUAUUAAAACUGGUGAUAAUCAGUUACUAGGCAAAAUAAUGCAAAUUUGCAGAUCUAACGGACAAAAAUUGCAUAUUCCAAACGCGCUUUGCGAAGAAAUCAUUUUCCACAUAUUGACAAAAUUGCAGGAAAACCUACCAAAUAUUGAUAUAAACAAAAUGGAAAUUAUUGAAGAUAAUUUACAAAAAAUAUUGAUCGCAUCAUCAAAUUUUUGGGUUUAUAUCUUAAAAGCUACUGGAUCAGUUGAAGGACUUCAUAAUCGACACAAUUACGUGAAAACAGUUC